AUGGAUUCUGAUAAGCUUGAUUCAUUUCACUCAGCUGAAUCCGUUUCUCACGGCAAGGCUCCUCCUCCUGCUGGGAACACCCCAGGCGAGUUCCUGUCUCACCCGCUUCUCCCGGCUCCUCCCGUUGGGGGUUUUCCAACAGAGUGUCUGUCUCACCGCACUGCUCCUUCUCUCGUUCCUCACAGCAUCGCGCCUCCUCCUCCUCCCCUUGGGGAAUCUCCAGACGAGUGUCUGUCUCACGACAAGACUCCUCCCGUUGGGGAUUUUCCAGGCGAGUUUCUCUCUUACCACACGGUUCCUUACCCCCUUGCUCACGGCAAGACUCCUCCCGUUGCUGGAGCAGCAGCAGAAGCCGCUGCUUUUGAGGAGACACAAGUAGUUACUGCAGGGAAGGCAGAGAGGCCUGCACCACCAGCUGCUGCAACUGCUGCUGCGUCUCCAGGCGAAGGGGACGAAGGAGAGUGUUUCUGGGAGGAUUUGGGCGGAGGGGGAGGACCAGAGGAGAUGAAACGAAAGAGAGAUGGGAAGGAUGCCAGGGGGGUUGUUGGUGCGGGUGGGGAAGGAGAGAGAGGAGUGGGGGGAGUGAUGGAAAAGCGAGGUGAUGAGGAGUGGGGAAGGAAGAGGGGGGGACGGCGUUUGGGCGUGGGGGCACCAGCAGCAGCAGCAGCAGCAGCAGCUGCAACAGCAUGGCGAGUACCGAAUCAGGGCCGAGGGCCCGCUUGCUCCUUCCAAGCUGCGUCUGAAGCAGUGCAUCACAGCCGCCCUGCUCACCCACUCGUUGGGGCACCUGCGGCACAUGAAGGGUCCUCGGCACUCGUUGCAGUUACUCCUCAUGCUGCACUCGUUGGGGCACCUGCGGCACCUGCGUCUCAAGACGGGGAUCGCCAGCUGUCUUCCCCAGAUGGCGGGGCACCCGCAGAUGGGGGCUUUAAGCACUCCCCGCAGAUUCUUGCUCACACUUCCGGAGAGACUUGGGCCAGAGGAGGGGCAACGGGCGGAGGAGGAGGAACAGGGACAGGUGGAUUUCUGGCCUCACCUCAAGGGGAUAACGGGGAUCGCCAGAUGUCGUCCCCACAUGGGUUUCAGCAGCACUCCUCCCCGCAGAUGUCUCCUCGCGGUCCUGAAGAGCCUUGGGGCAGAGAAAGGGCAAGGGAUGGAGGAGGAGGAGAGAGGGGUGGACUGUUGACAUCACCUCAAGAGGACCACGAGAGACACCAUGGAUUCUUUGAACAGGGGUUUCGGGACUCGCAGCCAAUGUUUCCCUACAGUUUUGCGGAGUGUUGGGAUGCAGAGGGAGCAAGGAGCGGAGGAGGAGGAGGGAGGGGGGGAAGUGGAUGGGAAAUUCAAGAGGAGCAUGGGGGGAGUGGGGGCAUGUUGGAAAUGUUUUUCUGGGGUGUGGGAAGAGCCUUGGGAAGGAUCUUUGGGUUCCCUGGUGAAACUCAUAGGGAGAGGGAGCAGCAGAAUUCCACAAGGUUUGGAGGGAGAGGGAGCCGCAGGGGUGUUGCAGCAGCAGCAGCUGCUCCAGCCCGUCCCGUUGGUACAGCCCCAGCCCCUCGGUUCGACCGGUCCCUUCCCCCAUACACCAUGCACCGGUCUCAGGCGAACGUUUUCCUUGACUCUGCUGCAUUUGCAGUCCCGCCUCCUCCCCCCCAUGCGUCUGGUUACCGCCAGAGUGCUGGUUAUACACCAGGGGGAUAUCACCAAGUGGUGAAUGCGGCAAACGAGUCGGUGCUUGGUGGGGGCGGGGUGGAUGGAGCCAUCCACAGGGCGGCAGGUCCAACCCUCCUGAAGCUCUGCAGGGAUCUACCCAGGCUGAGGAAUGGCGAUCGCUGCGAAACAGGGGACGCUGUGACCACAGGGGCGGCCAGGCUGCCAGUGCGCCAUGUGAUCCAUGCGGUGGGGCCAGUGUACUGGAAUGACAGAAAGUCAGCACCCGUGCUGAAAGAAACGUACAGGAGCAUUCUAAGAGAGGCCAGCAAUUGUAGAGUCAAGUACAUUGCCAUUCCCGCAAUAUCAUGUGGCAUUUUCGGUUAUCCCCCUGUGAAAGGCGCCCAAGCUUCUCUGGAUGUUUUGUUAAGCCAAUCUUGGGGAUCCGUGCAAGAGGUGCAUUUCGUCCUAUUCGACCAGUGGAUGUUGAACGUGUGGCUGAAUGUCAUUCAUGCCGCCAACCUGCCACAGCUGCUGCUGCAACGGCCACCACCACCACAACAGCCACCGCUGAUGCCGCCACAGCAACAGCCGCCACACCACCUGCCGCCUCAGCAGGUGCAACCUCAACAGCAAGUGUAUGAGUCAGCACAACAGCGGCCACAGCAGGCAGGGAACGAGGUGACUGGGGAGGGGGAGAAUGUGAAACAGCAGCAGGUGGUACAGGUAGGGUGA